AGCACCACCCAGUUCGCCUCUGCUACGUCCGACGUCUGUGCAACAGCUGAAGGUUACGGGCUCCACAACGGGAUGCAGAAUGGGCUCACGUCUGAAAACUAUCUGCUGGUCGGUCGCCAUCUGACAGGAUGCACGUCGCUGAUUUUGUGUCCGGAUCACUUGCAGGAGCAUGUGGGGUUGCAGUGGGUUACCCUCUGGACACCGUUAAGGUCCGGAUCCAAACCCAGAGACAGUUCACUGGGAUAUGGCAGUGUGUAGUGGCGACGUUUUCAAAAGAAGGGGUGCACGGCUUCUUCAAAGGAGUCACCUUGCCCCUCGCCACGAUCUCCAUGACGUCCUCCGUGGUCUUCGGCACGUACCGGAACUGCCUGCAGUGUCUGAGUCAGGCGCGCCGAGCCGGCUGUGGUCCAAACACCAAACCAGAGAUCUUCCUGUCUGGUUUGGCGGCGGGCGUGGCUCAGACGUCGGUGCUGUCCCCGGGUGACAUCGUGAAAGUGCGUCUGCAGUGUCAGACGGAGUCAAAGCAAGGAGGAACCGGCGCGACCAAACUCCGGUACCGAGGUCCGGUUCACUGUCUGCUGACCAUCGUCAAAGAGGAGGGUCCGAGGGGCCUUUACAGAGGAGUGCUGCCGCUCAUGCUGAGGGACUCGAUGUCCUUCGCCACGUACUUUCUGACGUACGCGACGCUCCGCGAAUGGCUGACGCCGAGCGGCAACAAAAGACCAAGUUGGAGCGGCGUGAUGCUGGCGGGCGGAGCCUCAGGAAUCGUGGGCUGGACGUUUGCGACGCCCAUGGACGUGAUCAAAGCGCGGCUGCAGAUGGACGGAGCGCAGGAGAGGCGGCGCUACAAGGGUUUCCUCCACUGCAUCACGGAGACCGUGAGGUCGGAGGGCGCCGGGGUGUUCUUCAGGAGCCUGGGCAUCAACUGGCUGCGCGCGUUCCCCGUCAACAUGGUGGUGUUUGUCACAUACGAGGGCGUCACCAGCUUACUCAAAGACGUUGACGCCCCUCCCCCCGCCCCCGUUUAAAGUACUGACCUCCGACCCUCAAUGCAGAACAUCCUGUCGGUGGUCAAUGGAGAUGUUGGUAUACGCAAAUUGUCGGGCGCAAUGCAAUAUUUUCAUGGAAAGAUUGUCUUUUUUUAUAUUUAAUUAUGGCGAGUAAUGUGUCCUAAUAUGCUCAGGGGGGUUUUAAGUCAUGUUGGUACCAUAGCUGGGACCGGCAAUACCGUUCAUCACCACUAGAUGGCCCCCCUGUCCUGCCUGUUACAGCCUUUUUGUGUUCUCCUUUCUUUCUUUGGUUAUGAUGGCAGAAGAGCACCCAGAAACCUCCAAGAGUUUUGAGACCUGCCAUAAACGUAUAUAUAUAUAUAUAUUUGUAUUUUACUGCAUUCGAGAACAUUCGAGGCCUCGAGCUCAGUGUCCAUGAACGAGUCGCAGCGAGCACGAUUUAGCGUGCGAUGCCGUCCAGCCUCUUGUGCACAUAUCGCAUCAUCCAUGACUCAUUUGCAGCUCUGAAACAAAAUCAGUCAUGCAAAUAAAAUAUAAUAUUUUCA